UCCCCUACGGCCACGACUCGGGGGUGGGGAAAGAGAGCGCCUGUCUCCUUCCCGCAGAAGCCCUCGCCAUUCCUCCCCACAGUUCUGCCAAAGGGAAGCGGUGUGAGGCCCAACCAGACCCCCCAACCCCUAACACGAAGCGACUCCUCCAGACGCAGGGGGCCACUGGUCUCGACGUCUCGGUCUCCUCUUUUUCUCUCCUUCUCUCUUCUUCUCCCUCUCACGUCCUCUCCCACAAACAUGUCCACCGGCUCCCUCAGCGAUGUGGAAGACCUUCAGGAGGUGGAGAUGCUGGAAUGCGACGGCCUGAAAAUGGACUCCAACAAGGAGUUUGUGACUUCCAACGAGAGCACCGAGGAGAGCUCCAACUGCGAGAACGGGUCUCCCCAGAAGGGCCGUGGCGGCCUGGGCAAGAGAAGGAAGACGCCCACCAAGAAGAGUCCCCUGAGCGGGGUCAGCCAGGAGGGAAAGCAGGUCCAGCGCAACGCGGCCAACGCGCGCGAGCGGGCCCGGAUGCGCGUGCUGAGCAAGGCCUUCUCCAGGCUCAAGACCACCCUGCCCUGGGUGCCCCCGGACACCAAGCUCUCCAAGCUGGACACCCUCAGGCUGGCGUCCAGCUACAUCGCCCACUUGAGGCAGAUCCUGGCUAACGAUAAAUAUGAGAACGGUUACAUUCACCCGGUCAACCUGACUUGGCCCUUUAUGGUGGCUGGGAAACCCGAGAGUGACCUGAAAGAAGUGGUGACCGCGAGCCGCUUGUGUGGAACCACUGCGUCCUGACCUUGGAGGUGCGAGCCUGGGAAAGGCGCGCUUCCGGGGGGAGCGGGCCACGGGACGGCGACCCCUGCCCUCCCUGCUCUCUGUCUCUGCUUCCCCCUCACGAGGCUCCUCUCCCUGUCCCACCCCGCGAGAACACUUCACAGCGACGAGGAGAUCCGUUUCCAAACCAGAGGAGAUCAACUGUGCUUCCAAAGAUUCCCAUCUAUUUAACUUUAUUAACUUCUACCGUGAAUGACUCUUCAAGCCUUGCUGGUCCAAGUGCAAUAUGUAAUUAUAAAUAUAUAAAUCGAUAAUAAGAGCCUAUCAAUGUGUAUCUUUUGUACAAUAUGUUGUAAAAUGUAGAUCAUAGAAUAGCUGACUUUGACAGUCACAUUUAUAAAAUAAUUCACUUAAAGAUAUAUAUUUUUUUUUCAAACAAGUUUUGCUACUUCUGGAAAUAAAUCUUUCUUUAUAUUGCUAAA